ACUACGACGUCAACAACAAGUACAAUACAUAGUAGUAAUAGUAGUCCUACUCAUAGUAGUAGUGGUAAUAAUAUAAUGAAUGGAAGUUAUGAUAAUAAUAAUGGAUAUGAUCACUCUGUAAGCGUGAACAAUGUGUCACUACUACGCAACAGCUUGUCGAGUAUGUCAAAGGUUAUACGUGCAUCUGUCUUUGUCAUAUACACUGGUGGCACCAUUGGAAUGAAGCGCGAUCCCAUCCACGGCACACUCAGACCCGAGCCCAACUACAUCGAAGAACAACUCAAACUACUUCCCGAGAUGAAGUCAUCCGAGAUGCCAUCCUACAAGCUUCAUGAAUUCGACCCUCCCAUCGACAGCUCAGACAUGGACCAUGAUGAAUGGGUACGAAUCACAAAGCUCAUUGAGAAGAACUAUUAUGAUUAUGAUGGAUUCGUUAUUAUACAUGGUACGGACACCAUGUCUUAUACCGCAUGUGCACUGUCAUUCAUGCUGGAGAACUUGGGCAAGCCAGUCAUUCUGACGGGCAGUCAGAUUCCAAUUGGCGACGUGGUCAACGAUGCCAAGCGCAACCUGAUCACCGCCAUCAUGUUUGCCGGCAAGCUGGACAUACCCGAGGUGUGCGUGUUCUUUAACAACAUGCUGCUGCGAGGCAAUCGCUCAAAGAAGGUGGACUCGUGGAGUCUGGCGGCAUUCGAGUCGCCCAACUGUCCGCCCCUGGCCACACUUGGCAUGGAGAUCAACGUCAACACGGACAUAAUACUCAGUCAGCCCAAGGGCCGCUUCCGCGUGCACGAGAAGGUCAACAAGAACAUCCUUGUCCUGCAUCUCGUGCCGGGCUUCUCGGACGACUGCGUCGAGAACCUGCUGCGUGCGCCACUCGAGGGUCUCAUCAUCCAAUCAUACGGCUCGGGCAAUGCGCCCGCCAAGAAGAAGCGAUUCCUCAAUCUCAUAGUGGACGCUGUGAAGCGUGGCGUCGUCGUGGUGGUCACGAGCCAAUGUCCGCGUGGCACCGUCAAUCUCAAGCACUACGAGACGGGCAAGUCCCUACUUGACGCCGGUGCGGUCAGUGGACAUGACAUGACAGUCGAAGCAGCCGCUACCAAACUUGGCUGGUUGCUCUCGCUCGGUGUGCCCAAAGAUCAAGUUCGCCAACUUAUGACCAUCGACCUUCGCGGAGAGCUGUCCAUCCAGCGACCCUACAACAAGAUG